GCGAUCCGCCGCGCUGAUUGGUCAGAACCGCUCUGUUUUAUUACACGGCGUGGUGUUUCCGGGCCGUCUCGACAACUUUUACCCAAACUUUUGGCGGCGAAAUUUUUCCCGAAUUGCGUACAAAACAUGAGGAGUGUUCCCUCGGACCAUGGAGUCUUCACAGAGCACAAGUAGUGGGCAUGAGCGCCGGAAAAUGGCCGCCAACGGGCGAGGACAAGUAUCGUUGACGCCGUGCGAGAGACAGGACCUAACCGAGUUGGAUAGUCGCUUGUUCGGGUUCCUGCGACUCGAAGCAGACGAGCAUGGCGCGGCUAAGAAGUCCCUACUGCUCAAGGGAAUCUCGUACCUGGAGCAGGAGAUUCGGAAGGCAGGUGACCAGGUGGACCCACACCUGUACUGUCAGCUGGGACACUUUCACCUGCUGUUGGAGGAUUACCCAAAAGCAAUGUCAGCUUACCAGAAGUUCUUCAGCCUGAAGGAGGACUACUGGAAGGACGCCAACUUCCUGUACGGCCUAGGGAUGGUGUACUUCCACUUUGGAGCCUUCCAAUGGGCGAUCAAAGCGUUUCAGCAGUUGCUGUACAUUGAUGCAAGCUUCGCGCAGGCCAACGAGGUCCACCUGCGUCUCGGGUUGAUGUGCAAAAUCAACUCCGACUACGAGUCAAGUCUAAAGCAUUUCCAGUUGGCACUGAUCGACAGUAACCCCUGUACCCUGUCCAAGCUUGAAGUUCGCUUCCAUAUAGCACAUCUAUUUGAGAUACAGCACAAGCUCAAGCAGGCUAAGGAAGCGUACGAGCAGAUCUUGGUGGAAAACCCGUCAGCUUCUGUCAAGGCAAACACCCUACGACAGCUAGGCUGGAUGCACCACAUCGCUGGUGACAGUUUUGGAGACAAGGCCAGUCGCGAGGCACAAGCCAUCCAGUGCCUGCAGAAAUCCAUCGAGGCCGACCCCGACAACGGACAGUCCUGGUACUUCCUGGGAAGGUGCUUCUCGAGUGUUGGGAAGGUGCAUGAUGCUUUUCUCUCGUAUCGUCACUCAAUCGACAAGACGGAGGCAAGCGCUGACACCUGGUGCUCCAUUGGUGUGCUGUAUCAACAGCAGAACCAGCCAAUGGACGCACUGCAGGCGUACAUCUGUGCGGUACAGUUAGACCGCUCGCACACCGCGGCGUGGACGGACCUGGGCAUCCUUUACGAAGCCUGCCAGCAGCCCAGAGACGCCCUCACCUGCUACAUACACGCAGCAAACAGUAAAAACUCUCCCAGUCCCCAGCUCACGGACCGGGUAAAGGCCCUGCAGGCCCAACUGGGCAACAUGCCGCCUCCGCACAUGCAGAACAAACAAAAAAUCCUGCCGAGUAUCGAGGAGGCGUGGACGCUGCCCAUCCCUGCAGAGCUGACGUCCCGGCAGGGGGCGCUUCAACGCAACAUCGCGCACCUGCGCGGCCCGGGAGGCGAGGCGCUGGGAUUGGUCAAUCCUCCGGGGUUGCCUGGCAACCUGACGGGCGCCAUGCCGCCGCCGCAGCCCAACAUGCAACUCCAUAGCAACGCCUUCGAAGGCAGCGCAGCAAAGAGAAGAAGAAAUAUGUCUUCCGGUGACAUAGCGACAGCCACGUGGACGCCCCCCGCCGGUGGUCCCUCCCAGUCUCCCCCCGCCCCCCAGGGUCCCGUACCGCACGGAGCGCCGCCGCCCUCGUUUUACCUGAAGCCCCAGCAGGUGUCACUGCUCAGGCACCUCAAACAGACCCGUGCCACCCUGAACCCUAGCCAGCUGUUAGUCUUGGAGCAACUGGAACAUCAGUACACCUUACAGCAGCAGCAUGAGAUGAACAGGCACUCCCACCCCCCCAACGGACCACCACCCCCCUCAGCAGCCUCCCUGGGACCACCCCCUCCCUACCCACACAAGGGGGGUGGCCCCAACCCCCCUCGCAACAACAACCCUGGGUUUCCGAGUCCUACGACGUCGAGCCCGUUUGCUACCAACUCCCCCGCCGGACAGUUUCCGUUCAACUCUACCUCAGCAAACAACAGCCUGAACCAACCGCAGCCCGGCGCGCUGACCAAUCCCAUGGUGCAACACCGGAUGUCGUUGCCCAACAUGGCGGCAGCGGUGUCGAUUACGGGCGCCGCGAAUAACAACCCUACUAAUGUGCCUUUCCAGCAAGGUUCAUUCGGUGGAAACCUACCUCAGAACGCAGCGGACUUGGGGAAUAAUGGCGCGAGCAGCUUCGUGGCCAACCAGAGAACAUUCCCGGCGGGCAACCCCGCCGCGUCGUUACGCGUUAACAACGGUAACCAGACCCUAACGAUCAGCCCGGGCGGUAGGCAGAUGUUGAACCCACUGACCCUCAAGGGGUUCCAGAACCACGGCGGUAACCCGGGCAACGGUAACCCGGGCAACGUCCUCCCCAGUCUCGCUACCUCAGGUGUUGUUGCUUCCUCCUCCGCGGGACGCUUCUCCCCGAACCUCUCGUCGGCAAUCGGAAAUCUGAACUCUGGUGCUAAUCAGGCCGGUAUCCGGGCGGGGCCUGCCGUAUCCACGGCAAUACCUGCCGCCGGCGCACCGAACGACAUAAUGUCGUUUUCGUCCUCUUCCAGGGUAUCACAGAGUAGAGUCGAACCCCAUAGAACUCACGCGGAGACCAAUCACAUGGCGGCAAACGCUACGCGACUAUCCCCUGGGCACGGCUUACCGAACUCAAUGCCGAACGGGCCCGUCGAAAAUAGCAUCGACACCUUCAAAACCCCUCCCCCUGUUGUUAGCUCCUCGCCCCUUUUCUCACCCCCGUCACAGUUUUUCGCUCAGCAGAGUUCGUCAGCGUUGUCGAACCACGUUACCUCACCGCCCUCAUCAACAAACAACGGCCAUUCCAGACCCGGCUUCCCCACGAAACUCGAGAGAAAGGGGAGCGCGCAGGAGGAAGUAGUAGUCGCGAACGCCGUCGCAAACUCGUCAUCGAACAAUCACCCCAGCAGUCCGUCCGUCCACAAUCACGUCCCGACAGAACCACAGCAGAAUCACGUCGGAGGCAACCCGGAAAAGCCGCUGAAAAUCAACACCGUCGCGCCGCUCAACCACAAGAUGGACGCCGAGUCGGCGCUGUGCUCGCCGCGUCGGCUGAUCUAUGCAAACGCGAAAACCGUGCUGGCCACGUGCAAGCUGCUGGGAAUGAACGGCCUCAGUAACAACAGUAUUCUGUACGACAGGGACAAGCCGCCGUGUCCGCCGGAGCCGCCCUACCCGCCCCUGCCUAAGGACAAGCUCAACCCUCCAACCCCCAGUAUAUAUAUCGAAAACAAAAAAGAUGCCUUCUCGCCGGCGUUGCAGGAUUACCUGCAGUCGCCCAACGUUCCGAUCGCGGUGGUGCGGGGCCUUGCCGCGGCGCUGAAGCUCGACCUCGGGCUGUUCUCCACCAAAACUCUGGUGGAGGCGAACGGGGAACAUCAGGUGGAAGUUAGGACACAGAUUCUGCAGGCUUCGGAUGAGAACUGGGACCCGGUGGCGAGACAGAAGGUGUGGAGAUGUGAGAGCCACAGGUCCUACACCUCCAUCAGCAAGUAUGCACAGUACCAGGCUUCAUCCUUCCAGGAGUCUCUCAGGGAGGAAAGGGAGGAGAAGAUGGGGACGAAGGACCCGUCAGACAGUGACUCUUCCUCCAACAGUACCUUGGGGAGGAAGAAGAAGAACGGGUUUAAGAUGAUCAAGUUCGGGACCAACGUGGACCUCUCUGACGAGAAGAAGUGGAAAGCACAGCUGCAAGAGCUGACCAAGCUGCCACACUUCGUCAGGGUUGUGUCUGCCAGUAACAGCCUGAGCCAUGUUGGGCACACCAUCCUGGGGAUGAACACAGUUCAGUUGUAUAUGAAGGUUCCUGGGUCAAGAACGCCGGGGCAUCAGGAGAACAACAACUACAACUCUGUAAACAUCAACAUCGGGCCGGGCGACUGUGAGUGGUUCGGGGUGCCUGAGCCGUACUGGGGGGCCAUCCACAACCAGUGUGAAAAAGCAAACAUCAACUACCUGACAGGUUCAUGGUGGCCUGUUCUGGAGGAUCUGUACGAAGACAACGUUCCAGUCUACAGAUUUAUCCAGAGACCAGGGGACAUGGUCUGGGUCAACGCUGGCUGUGUGCACUGGGUGCAGGCCAUUGGUUGGUGCAAUAACAUAGCGUGGAACGUGGGUCCCCUCACCGCGCACCAGUACAAGCUCGCGGCCGAGCGUUACGAGUGGAACAAACUCCAGAGCGUCAAGUCCAUCGUACCCAUGGUGCACCUCUCAUGGCAGAUGGCGCGAAAUCUCAAGGUCUCAGACAGAGAGCUGUACGAGAGACUCAAGUACACGCUGAUGAAGACCAUGAGACAGAUGCAGGUGACGCUGGAUCUUGUGAAGUCGCUCGGCCACGAGGUUCACUGGCACGGCAGGCAGAAGGACGAGGUGGCACACUACUGUGUCGACUGUGAGGUGGAGGUGUUCAACCUGCUGUUUGUACUAAAGCAGGACAAGAAGCACAUCGUGCACUGCCUGGACUGCGCACGGAAAGCGAGCGGCCGGCUGGAGGGAUUCGCCGUGCUGCAGCAGUACAAGAUGGACGACCUGGCAGACGUCUUCGACACCUUCCAGCUGGCAUCACCAGAACAGUCUUCCCAGAGCUCCUCAUGACCUCGGGCGACCCCCGGCAUCAUCACCGACCCCUGACCUUUCCCAGCAUGCUCUUCUUUCUUCGGAGCGAUACCGGAGGGCUAACAAAAUACACAGCAGACAUUAUGUGAAUAGCGAGCGAAGAAAGCGACUUUCCGACGGAGACAUCGGAUGAGUCCGCCCCAACUAUGCAAACCUGGCUGUACAGAUAUUCGGCGGCGAAGUUUCCGUCGAGAUAUGAACAUAGUUAAUCCGCGAGAAAAAGAGACUCCAUGUUACCUGUCUUGUAAAUUUUGAAAUGUCCCAUUUUUUUGCAAAGAAUCGAUUGACGACGAACAAGUCUUUGUAUAUUUAUAUACCAGUAUCUCUCUCUGCCCACGAUGAGAUCUUUUAUACAAGUGUGAUAGUGUCGGUACGUAGCUUGUUUCUGUUGUGAAUUCCGUUUUGUUGUGGUAGUGUACAAAGUGAAGAGCAGAUUCGUUAGGACGUUACGUGGGCCCUGUACUAUAGUUGGAAGAUGCUAGAGAAGUUUUUCUUGUAUAGAUAUAUUUGUAUACUUGAAGUUACAAGUAGUGUGGAUCCGACCUUUUCGUUUUUCGACUGUUUGGUUCGACCAUUACUCCUCAGGCUGUAGUGAAGAAAAGAGUUCGAUGAUUUCUAUAAACGGGACGAAGCGCGGCGUCGGCUAUCGUUGUUCCGGCGCCCGCCCGCCCUCCCGAUUUCUAAAAAAUGGGUUGCACGAUGAGUGUACGACUCCUGAUCAACAAACUGAUGAUGAUCACCAAUUGUACAUGACAUUUCUUCAUUAUUUAUGAAUACAUAUUUAUUGUAUU